AUGCCUUGGGAUUCUAAUAAAUCUACUCCCCUCUCACAAUAUAGCCAUUCUAGAGCCAAACAAUCUCAACCUUCCUUUCAAUCUCAAAACGGCGACUCUAUGCUGGAACCAAACAUACCGGUACUACCGAAAUCUGCCCACACUGCAGAUCCUGCCCUUCAACCAUUUUUAAUCUCGUCUUUUGAUCCUGCAGUUUAUCUCAAUUCAGCUUUGCCCUCUUUACAGUCUUCGAAUACAUCAUCAUCUUCAAGAAACAGCGUACCUUUGGCUGAACUAUCUACCCAGACACAAACUCUCCUCUCUCAUCUCAGCGCCCACACCACCAGACUCACGACUACUCUUACACAACUCACCGAUGAAAUAUUGCGAAGUGGGAGCCGCUUGGCCUAUGAGGUGGAUGUAUUGCGAGGAGAAACGUUGGGAUUGUCAGAAGCAUUGACCGAGGGACUACAUGAUGAUGUUACAAAAUUCGUUCCUGAGGGACUCGAGAAAGAUCUGUCCAGAAGACCAACGAGAUCUGGAGACCUGCAUGGCACCUCUAGGGCGCGAUCUGCCACUGUCACGAUACCGAAAACGCCUACCGCAGAAGAUACGAGUCGCACCAAAAUCGUCGAUCCCCCUUACAUAACGCAAUUGCGGACUCUUACACUCGUGCGGUCUCGAUUAGAUACUGUCAUAAAGACUUUUGGAGAUGCAAUGGCAUGGACCUUUCCGCCGUCAGAAGUAUCGGUCACUUCAUCCUUUCUUUCUGUUUCCGCUCCCGAGCCAGGGUCAGAAGCACACAGCACGGAAGAGAAAGGGCAACAAAUCUCCAAGAGGAUACGUGAUGAAAUUGCCGAUUUGUUGAUUGGCAAUGAUCCAAUUGAUGGUAUUGAAGCAGCAGCUAAAAGAGUACAAGAGCUGAAAGAUCUUGCAUUCGUAUGGAAAGGCACGGCAGAAGAACGGGCAAGGAGUAAAUUUGUCGAGAGUCUUGCAAAGAUGGUUGAAGACAGACAUCGAGACCUGUUAAAAGAUGCUGAACAGGAUGGGCAGUUGAGUCUAAGAGUGGACGCUUUGCAUGAUCAAGAUAAUUCGAUCUCCAGUAUCGGCGAGAUUAGGGCACAAAGUGGAUAUGGAUUUAUCAAUCAAUUGCAACGACUGAGGGGCUCUUGA